AUGCUGACUGGAGAGGAGUGCCGGGUCCCCAUGGUCUCCGCGGCUCAAACGACAAUGGGCUAUGGAUAUGAUCUUCGGCGCUCGUCAACUACAGGAGAAGUGCCAGGAUAUGCGGACCCACCUUUCAUGGACCUGACGAAAGCCUUCGACACGGUGAAUAGUGCAGGACUGUGGAAGAUCAUGCAGAAAUUCGGCUGUCCCGAGCGAUUCAUUCAGAUGGGGCAUCAGCCGCACGGCGGCAUGAUGGCGCGAGUAACGGACAACGGAGCUGUCUCAGAGACAUUCGUGCUGACCAACGGCGUGAAGCAGGGAUGCGCGCUAGCGCCCACACUCUUCAGUCAUAUGUUCUCUGCCAUGCUGAUGGACGCCUAUCAUGAUGAACGUCCCGGGAUCCGUAUCGCCUAUAGGACGGAGGGUCACCUUCUGAAUCAACGGCGGAUGCACUUCCAAUCGUGCGUAUCCACAACCACCGUUCACGAACUUCUCUUCGCCGACGACUGUGCCCUGAACACCAACUCAGAAGAGAAGAUGCAACGGAGCAUGGACCUCUUCUCUGUCGCCUGCAAGAACUUCGGUCUGGUCAUCAACACACAGAAGACGGUGAUGAUGCAUCAACCGCCGCCACCUAACACAGCCACUCCUCCCAACGCGCCGCAAAUCAGCGUGAACGGAAUCUAA